AUGUUGUUGGCCUUGGAGAACCCAGGUGCAAUAACACCGACCGACGGACGCAUGGCAAGACCCCAAGAUACGGCUUUGGCCCAAUUCUAUGGCCUCCCUAAGGUGCACAAAGACGGCGCUCCUCUCCGACCCAUCGUGUCGCUCAAAGGGACUCCAACGUACGGACUGGCUAAGUGGCUGUUCCGGCGUCUCAAGUUCCUGACCGCUGAGUCAGACACCACGGUCUCUUCGUCAGCACAAUUCCUGGAGAAACUCAAAAGGGUAAGCAUCCAUCCAAAUGAGGUCAUGGAAUCUUUUGAUGUUACAUCCCUUUUUAAUUCAAUUCACCAGGACCUGGCGAUCGAGACAAUUGAGCUGCUACUACAAAACAAAAACGAUGAAACGGAGAAUCGUCUUGGACACGCCCAAGUCCUUCAGCUCCUGAAGUUCUGUCUCAGGACGUACUUCACGUUCGACGGGACAAUCUACGAACAGGUGAAGGGCACACCAAUGGGUUUGCCGAUUUCGGGAUUCAUCGCCGAGCCGGUCCUGCAACGGUUAGAGUCGCUGGCCUUCCAACUACACAGACCGAAAUUCUGGACCCGGUAUGUCGUCAUCGAACGAGAUCAGGUGUUGAAAUUCCAAGAACAUGUCAACGCCGUCUUCCCGGACAUUCAAUUUACGAUGGAGAAAGAAGAGAACAGCCAGCUGGCCUUCCUGGAUGUCCUCGUAUGCCGCAAAGAUUGUGGUGGACUAAAGACCAAAGUGUUCAGGAAAGCGACAAAUACGAUGCAAGUACUGAACUUCAACAGCAACCACCCAAUCAGUCACAAACGCAGUUGUGUAAGGACGCUCUAUCGGCGUGUCGAAACGCACUGCAGUGAGCCGGAAGACAAAAUUGCCGAACUACAAUACCUCCGAGGGGUCUUCAAAGCCAAUGGCUACCCGCGCAACUUCGUCGACCGGUGCAUACGCAAAAGGGACGAAAGGCCUAACCGCACGGACAUCAAAUGUUUACGGGCACUCCCGUAUGUCAAGAACGUUUCGGAAGCUGUCGGCCGCCUUCUCGCACCACUUGGGGUUGGAGUGGCACACAGACCGGCGGCAACCAUCAGGCGUCUGGUCAUGAAACCGAAAGACCCACUGCCACGGCUAGAAACGUCUGGAGUCGUUUAUCGGAUCUGGUGCAUUUGCGGACAAAGCAACUACGUCGGAGAAACCGGAAGACAGCUCCGAGCGAGAAUGGCCGAACACGCGGCAGCGGUUCGCAGAAAUGACGCCAGCUCUCAAGUUGCGGCUCAUUCGACGAGAUCCGGCCACACAUUCAAAUUCGAUGAGGCCGAAAUUCUCGCAAGAGGUGACAACUGCGUGAGCAGGGAGCUACUGGAAUCAUGGUUUACUGGCUCCCAGUCCAUCAACAAGUGCAACGAUCUUCCCACUCCAUACGCCGUGCUGAAACUUCGCCUAGGCGGAGUAACAAGCCAUGCGGGGAGCGCAGAGGUGAACACUUUUCCCAACACCGGGAUCGGUGCGUCAGAUGGUCGAGAAAUCGUCACACCAACAUCCAAGGCACGUGAUGAAAUUGCAGCAAUUAUCGACUCGAAUGUCGGCCAUCAAGCAGUGAUCACACCAAGUGCGACGAUCCCGGAUGUAGGGGGGAGCCGUGAAUGUUCAUAG